GCUCCAGCGAGGAGCCGGGACGCUGGAGCCGCCCCCACCCCGAGCAGUGCCGUGCCUGCCACGAGCCGCAGCUAAGCUUAAGAACAAAGGAGGGAAAGGAAUACCUUUCCCAAAUCAACUGCUUAUAUUAUUAAACUCAUUUGGAAUGGACAAUGGAAUGUUCCCUACUUUUAUCAUGAUCAAAAACUUCUUCCUUCUCUGCAUUUCCAUAAAUUUAGCCAGUCACUUUGGCUUCUCACUAAUGCCAACAGCUUCAGGGAAAGAUGACACCAAUGAUAAUAUUACCAUAUUCACCAGGAUUUUGGAUGGUCUACUGGAUGGCUAUGAUAAUAGAUUGCGCCCAGGACUGGGAGAGAGAAUAACUCAGGUGAAAACAGACAUCUACGUUACCAGUUUUGGUCCAGUGUCAGACACAGAAAUGGAAUACACGAUUGAUGUUUUUUUCCGACAAAGCUGGAAAGAUGAAAGACUUCGAUUCAAAGGACCGAUGCAACGCCUCCCUCUUAACAAUCUGCUUGCCAGCAAGAUCUGGACCCCAGACACUUUCUUCCAUAAUGGUAAAAAAUCUAUAGCUCACAACAUGACAACACCGAACAAACUUCUACGCCUUGAAGAUGAUGGCACCCUACUCUAUACCAUGAGAUUGACCAUUUCUGCCGAAUGCCCCAUGCAGCUCGAAGACUUCCCCAUGGACGCACAUGCUUGCCCGCUAAAAUUUGGAAGCUAUGCUUACCCCAAUUCUGAAGUGGUCUACGUCUGGACUAAUAGCACCGCUACAUCUGUGGUGGUUGCAGAAGAUGGUUCACGACUUAACCAGUAUCAUCUGAUGGGACAGACUGUAGGAACUGAAAACAUCAGUACCAGUACAGGUGAAUACACUAUUAUGACAGCACAUUUUCACUUGAAAAGAAAGAUUGGUUAUUUUGUCAUCCAGACGUACCUUCCAUGCGUUAUGACCGUGAUCUUAUCACAAGUGUCCUUUUGGCUAAACAGAGAGUCUGUUCCUGCUAGAACUGUCUUCGGAGUAACUACAGUCCUUACCAUGACCACCUUAAGUAUCAGUGCCCGCAACUCCUUGCCAAAAGUGGCCUAUGCGACUGCAAUGGACUGGUUUAUAGCUGUGUGUUACGCCUUUGUAUUUUCUGCACUGAUUGAAUUUGCAACAGUCAACUAUUUUACAAAGAGAAGCUGGGCAUGGGAUGGCAAAAAAGCUUUGGAAGCUGCAAAAAUCAAGAGAAAAGAGCGUCAAUUACUAGGAAACAAAGCAAUUAAUGCUUACAGUGCUGGAAGGGCAGCCCCCACACCAAAUGUACCAAAGGUCUCAGCCCCAUCAGUCAUCUCAAGCGCUGCAACUGUUGCCGUGAAAUCUGGAGAAGAAAAGCCUGCUGAAAGCAAAAAGACUUAUAACAGCAUCAGUAAAAUUGACAAAAUGUCCCGAAUAGUUUUUCCAGUAUUGUUUGGAACUUUUAAUUUAGUCUAUUGGGCCACAUAUUUGAAUAGGGAACCCGUUAUUAAAGAUGCUACUUCUCCAGAAUAAACUGAAGGACUCCAAAACCACACGUGAGCCAUAUUAAUAAGAAGCAAAUGCUACCAUGGAGAAUAUGAAGGCCAGAAAACUUUCUAUACUUGAGCAAUAUUUUUCAGGAAGUUUUUGCAUGUUUAAUAAUAUGUACAAAUAAUAUUGCCUUGAUUGUUUCUACAUGUAACAGCAGAUGUUUCAGAGACAGUGACAUUAAUAAUUACAGCCACAGAUCUUUUUAGAAGAA